AUGUCUGUUGUUUUUAAGUCAACGAAGACGUCGCCGCUAUAUGGGUCGUUGUUAACGGCUUCUUUGGGAGGCUGGAGUUUCGAUGGGAAGGUUAUCAAUGCUAACUCGGAUGCUAAUGAACUUUUAGUGUAAGUUAUUUUGUUUGUUAUUUGGUGUUUAGGUUUGCUGACGAAUUCUAAAGCUUUGGACGUGGAUAAUAGCAAUAUAUAAUUUUUGGCUUGUCUAUGGCAAUAGUAACGUAAAGUUUGUAAUGCUUUGAGAUUAUACAUUAAAAGUGGACUUGCAUUUUACUAUUUGGCAAAAUAAACGGUGUUAUUGUAGUGAUGGAUGUUCCUACAGCAAUGAUGUUCAAAUUGCUCGUUUCUUGGCCGCGAAUUCAAGUUCGGCCAAGACUUUGCUUGGAAACACCUUUGUGGAACAAGUAACGAUUGAGAAUGUGUUAGGAGUGCUCGAAGACUUUACUCGGAACCAGGCCAACACUGACGAUUUGGUCAAACUCGUCAAGGACAAUGUUUUGGCCACUGGGCAUGUGAUUUUAGGCCGGGAGACAUUGGCUGAUCUUGUGUUCUGGUCGAUAUUGGAGAGCCAGAAGGAGGUAUGGGCUUUUUAGACGUUUUUAUAGUUUGAUUUAUGUAUUUUAUAGGGUUUUUAAUAUUAUUUUUACGUUUUUUAGUUUGAAAUUGAUUUAAAAAGUUGUAUAAAAGGUAUUUAAGGAUAAAAUUUGGUCUGUUCUUUACUUAAAACACCAUUUUUAUUUGAAAGUUGAUCUUAAUUACUUAUUUUUAGUUGAGAUCUGUGUUUGAGAAGUUUUUCGAAGCCUACAAAACAGAUUCUCGCUUCUUUGCUGCUCAUUCGGCAGUUGGAAGAUAUGAAGUAGCACAACCAGUUGCCAAGCCCAAGGAGAAGUUAAAGGAUGAAGGAAAGUUUAUUGAUCUGCCCAAUGCUGAGAUGGGCAAAGUGGUCGUUCGUUUUCCUCCAGAAGCUUCUGGGUGAGUUUUUAAAGGUGCUUUUGAGGUUUUAGGCUAUAAAGAUUUAAUUAUAUUAUUUUUGGUGUAAAACUUUGAAAAUUGGACAUUUUUUUGUUGUUUAAUUAAAAGCGAGCUUUAAAUUGUUUUAAACGUGAUAUUGUUAUAGGUACCUUCACAUCGGCCAUGCAAAAGCAGCUUUGUUGAAUCAACAUUAUCAGCAGAUUUACAAUGGCAAAUUGAUUAUGAGGUUCGAUGAUACCAAUCCGGCUAAGGAAAAUGCUCAUUUUGAACAAGUUAGUUGGCAUUUUAUUUUUUUUUAAUUUUGUGAAACUGUUUUAAAACGUUUUGUUAAUUUUAGGUAAUAUUUUUAUGUGAUAAGGUAUUUAGAGCUUAUUUUAAAAAUUUUAGGCGUUUUUGUAAUAUUUUAGACUACUUUGUAUAAUUUUUAUAUCAAUUUUGGCAUAUUUCAGGUAAUUUUGGACGACUUGAAACUUCUCGGAGUGAAGCCUGACAUCUGGACUCACAGUUCUGAUUGGUUCGACAAGAUGGCAGAGUAUUGUGAGCAACUUUUAAAGGAAAGCAAGGCCUUUGUGGACGACACUGAUACUGAAACGAUGAGAAAUGAACGUGAACAGAGAGUGGACAGCAAAAACAGGAACAACUGUAAGGUUUUUUGAUAUUGUUUUAGGUUGAUUUAGAGUGAAGUUUUUGCCAUUUUUUUUAUAUUCUAAAGAAUUGUUGUUGCCAUUUUAUGAGUUGUUGCUGUUUUAGCUGUGGAAAAGAACCUGGAACUAUGGGAAGAGAUGAAGAAAGGCAGUGAAAGAGGUCAACAGUGUUGUGUUAGAAUCAAGAUUGAUAUGAAGCACAACAACGGAGCUUUGAGAGACCCAACCAUCUACAGAUGCAAGAACGAGCCUCAUGUUAGAACCGGUGACAAGUACAAGUAAGUUGUUCUGUAGAAAGUGUGUUAAUAUAGACUAAUCUCAAUUAAAACGUCUAAAAGUUUAUGUACAUACUUACAACAACAUGUUUUAGGGUAUACCCAACAUACGAUUUUGCCUGUCCGAUUGUCGACUCACUUGAAGGUGUUACCCAUUCGCUGAGAACUACUGAAUACCAUGAUCGUGAUGACCAAUUUCGCUUUAUUGCUAACGCUCUGGGACUAAGAGUACCAGAAAUUUGGUCCUACGCUCGUUUGAACAUGACUCAUACAGUAAUGUCCAAGAGGAAGUUGACUUUGUUGGUCGACGAUAAGAUCGUGGAUGGAUGGUAGGUUAAUUUAGGUUUUUAGGGGGCGGAAUUUUCUGUUUUUAAGGGGUGGAUCGGUAUCGAAUAUUGUAAAAAAUGGUAAAAAGGGUGAUUUUUGAAAAGGUUGUAGGUAUCGAAGUUGUGACGAGCUUUAACAACAAGUGUUGCUUCCUUAAUGUAAAGUAUUUAGUAGAAUAAGUUUAAUGAGUUUAGGGAUGACCCCAGACUCCCAACAGUUCGUGGUAUCAUCAGAAGAGGCUUGACCGUUGAAGGUCUGAAACAAUUCAUCCUAGCUCAAGGUGGAAGCAGGUCGGUGGUCACCAUGGAGUGGGACAAGAUCUGGGCCUUCAACAAGAAAGUCAUCGACCCAGUAGCUCCACGCUACACUGCCAUGGACGUCUCUAAACCCUUGGUCAAGGUCAAUGUGAAAGGAGCUAAAUUGGAGAAAAAAUCGGUCAAUCUACACCCAAAAGAUGCCACAGUAGGACAGAAAGAUGUAUGGUACGGACCAACAGUAUACCUGGAGCAAGCCGACGCCGACCAAAUCAAGGCCGGGGAUACUGUAACUUUUGUAAACUGGGGAAAUCUGAAGAUAGUGUCCGUGGGAAAGGAGAUCGAAGCCGAAUUGGAUCUGGAGAACACCAACUACAAGAAGACGUUGAAGGUGACUUGGCUGACGGAGCAGAAGGAACAACCCAAUAUCAAGGUGAAGACUCUGGUGUACUCUGAUGUCAUCACAAAGGCCAUCAUUGGGAAGGACGAGGAUUGGAAACAGUUUGUUAACAAAGAUUCUGUGGUAGGUGUGGGAGGGCUAUUGGGGUUUUUUGGAGUAAAAAUUUGUUAAAGAUUGAAAAUUAUUACCUAACUUUACGUCUCGUUGUUUGUUUUAAAAAUUUUUAAAGCAUUUUGAAAAGUUUGAACAAAUAUAGUUUUUUUGAUAGUCAAACUUGAUUUAUUUUCAGAAAACCGAAGAGUUUUUGGCCGAACCAGUUGUAGCUUCUUUGAAGAAGGGUACAAUUAUUCAAUUCCAACGUAAAGGCUAUUACAUUCUGGAUCAGCCUUACGAUGCCAAGAUGGAACCGGUGUUCAUUCUGAUUCCAGAUGGAGCAAAGCCAGUUGAAGCUGCCAAAGAGGUUAAGGCUGUUAGUUUUUGAAGAUUUAAAAGUCUUUAUGUUAAUAAAAAAGCAUGUUUUUAAUGUAAUUUGUAUCUGUCUUACCACUUUGUGCUAUUCUAUGUUAAAGUUGAUUAGAUUUGUCUUUGAUAUUGUUAACUGUAUUAGAAGAAAACGACUGUUUUUUAUGAUAUAUCAAAUGUAAAUUUGUAUUUUCUUUCUAAUAAUUUAAAUCUUUUCUAUAUGUUCUAAUUUUAGUCAUCGUCUACUGCCAAGUCAGCAGCACCAGCUUCGGAUGGUGCUGGUCUGUAUGCUCAAAUUGAAGCUCAAGGCAAUUUGGUCAGAGAAUUGAAGGGAAAGGAUGCAAAGAGUGUAAGUUAUUGAGCUUAAGUUUAGUUUAUAGUACUAUCAUAAGGGUCGGGAGAGUGACUUUGGUUUGAGGGUCGAAGGCUUCAAUUUUAUUUUGGAGUUGAUCGUUUUAGUCAAGUGAAGUUUUUUAAAGUCGAUAGGUUGAAUUUGUUAAAACGGUGUAAAUUUCUUUCAGCAAGCCACCAAAGACGCGAUUGCUAAGCUGUUGGACUUGAAAAAGCAAUACAAGGCUGCUACCGGUCAAGAAUAUAAGCCGGGACAAGCUCCGCAACCGGCUCCUUCUGCAGCUCCAGCUCAAGCUGCUUCAGGAUCAGAUGGUGCUGGUCUGUAUGCUCAAAUUGAAGCCCAAGGCAAUUUAGUCAGAGAAUUGAAGGGCAAAGAUGCCAAGGGUGUAAGUUAAUUAAAAUAUAAAGUUAGUAAUGUUUUUUGGGUUUUACGUGCUAGAACAUUUGUUUUACCGUUUUUUAUUAUAUUUUUUGGAUCUAAAUCUAGUUUUAUGGAUUAGAAACGUUGAUUAUGGUUGAAAAUAAGAAUAUGUUUUAGCAAGCUACCAAAGACGCCAUUGCUAAGCUUUUGGAAUUGAAGAAGCAAUACAAGGCUGCUACUGGUCAAGAAUAUAAGCCAGGACAAGCACCACAACAGACUGCUCCUGCUCCAGUUCAAGCUGCUUCAGGAUCAGAUGGUGCUGGUCUGUAUGCUCAAAUUGAAGCUCAAGGCAAUUUGGUCAGGGAACUAAAGGGCAAAGACGCCAAGAGUGUAAGUUAUUGGGAUCAACUUUGUUUUAUAUUACUAUCAUAACUAUUGCCAGGAGAGAGGGACUUUGGUUUGGAGAGGGGGGGGGUCGAUAAAGUUUGGGCAGUGGAUUCGAAAUUUUUUAUGCAAAUGUUAACUUGUUUAAAGUUAUUUUAAAAUUAUAUGAUUUUUUCAGCAAGCCACCAAAGACGCAAUUGCUAAGCUUUUGGACUUGAAAAAGCAAUAUAAAUCUGCUACUGGUCAAGAUUAUAAGCCGGGUCAAGCUCCACAACAGGCUGCUGCUCCAGUUCAAGCUUCUUUAGGAUCAGAUGGUUCUGGUUUGUAUGCUCAAAUUGAAGCUCAAGGCAAUCUGGUCAGAGAAUUGAAAGGAAAAGAUGCCAAGAGUGUAAGUUUAGCUAUUUCAAUAUUUUUUUUGCCAUUUUGAGGUUGAUUGCACUAGAUUUUUUUGUUUUGGGACUGGCUUACUGAAGGCUUUUAAAUUUUAUGUUGUUUCAGACGUUUUUAUUUUAGUUUUCAGUUGUAAAUCAGUAAUUUUUAUGGAAAUAUCAAGUUUUUUAGCAAGAAACUAAAGAUGCCAUUGCCAAGCUGUUGGACUUGAAAAAGCAGUACAAAUCGGCGACUGGUCAAGAGUAUAAACCAGGCCAGGCUUCACAAUCCACUCCUGCUUCAGCCGCUUCUACUGGUGGUGAUGAUGCCUUGUAUUUUCAGAUCGAAGCUCAAGGAAAUUUGGUUAGAGAAUUGAAGGGAAAGGACCCUAAAAGUGUAAGUAUUGGGUAGUGAAGAGGAUUGUUGGGAUGAGGUAUUGUAUAUCAGAGUUGGACAGGGUAUACUAGAGCGUUAUAGGGUAUAUUGGAGUAGAUUAGGGUAUGUUAGAGUAGGUUAUGGUAAAGUAGUGUUUGGUAGGGUAAAUUAAAGUAAAGUAGGGUUUUUAUAGCACGUUUGUCUAAAAUAAUACGAAAUUAUUUAGCAAGACACCAAAGACGCAAUAGCCAAACUGUUGGCCUUGAAAAAGGAGUACAAGACCAAGACCGGAACCGACUAUAAACCACGUUAA